CGGCUUUUUUAUUGAAUUACAUCCUGGUUAAAUACAUUAACAUACAAUACAGAAAAAAUUAAAAAAGAAACGUAAGGUAUAAGUUAUCAGUGGAAAUGGAGGAGAAAAAUGUGUUUUUAAGAAUAAAGGAGUUGGGUCAUAUAAGUAGCAAACGUGAUGAACUGCGCCAAUACUGCAAACUUAAAUUUAAUGAGUUGACGAAGAAUUUGAAUCAACGAAUACUGAAAAAUGAUGCAGGAGAUCUUAUAGACUGUAUUUUUAAUGGUUUAACGGAUAAUACUUCCACUAAAAGUAAAGUGAAGAUCAUUGAUAUAGUAUUACAAACAAUGAGAAAAGAGGCAACGUCUCUCACUCACUGUGGAGAUGUUAUUAGCCGCCUUUGUUUGGAGCUGCCUCGGAUGCCUGUAGAAGAUCUGCUCCGUUGGAACAAUGACAGUGUUCAGUCUAUUGUAGAUGAAAGUGAUGUAAAUAUGAUCUGGCGGGAUAUAUUACCAGAAUGCCUUAAUGUGAUAUCAGCUCAAAGCAAUGUAAAACACUGCGGUACAGACAUGUCAGGCAGUGAGUACAAGGCGCAGUGUAUUCACUUACUGUGCAUGAGUAGAUGGCGUGAGAGGCAGUUGGUACAACUGGCUACAAUGUUUAAAGACAUGCAUCUAUCACGCACUGAUCACAGGCAAGUUGUGAACAAGAUGUGUACUCACAUUGCUGACAUACCUCCAGAGGCACUGCCACCACUUGUACAUCAACUAUUAAAAUUAUGUAAAUUAUAUAAUUUGGAGGUAGUUCUUGCCCAUUUGAGCAAUUACUUCAAUUUACACCUGUACAGCAAAUUGGAGCCCCCACCACAGGAUUCUGAAUCAACAACUAUGGAUAUUGAUGAUAUUGUACAACACAGUCACGCAGAACUAAGCAGAUGUCUAUCAACCUGCUUAUACCACAUCUCUCAGGGUGCAGCGGACCCAGAGCACAUACGUAGACAUAUAAAGCAGUGGCCAAAAACUCAGCUGUUAAGAGCACCGUUCCUUCUUGAUCUAGCACUUGCUGUGUCUGAUAAGGGGACAGAGUUUAGAUCUGUUUGCUUGGAUGUUAUCAAAUCAGCUAUAGAACAAAGAACAUUGGAUGAAUUAAGAAGUAAGGAAUCAGCGUGGGUGCGGUCUGUUCUCCCGCCCGAUGUAAAUGUGGCCAAUGUGCUUAAAGUACUAACAACUGAAAGUGCUAAUCAUAGAGAACUAACAGUACGAGGUUUAAUCAACCUCGCGUUCUCGUUACUAUCGGUGUCUCGUAUAAAGGCAGUAGCACCUGCUUGCUGGUCCCACGGGAAGUUAAUUCUUGUAAGACUGUGCAAAUCGCAGCCUAAUACCGCUCAGCAUAUAUUGGGACAGUUGGCUGAUAGACUGUGUGGGGAUGCUAGCCAGAGACAGUAUUCAGAUUGUCUAUACAUCCUGUGCAAGUUAACGCCCGUGUCCAUAGAGAGUUGUACACAAUUGAGCACAAUACUAGAGAGUUGCCAACCAAGUGCAGACUACACGCAGGCGGGCGCGAUAUACGCGGCCGUGCGACCGCUCAUAUCGUUCAGUGCGAGAGUCAGAGACACGCUGGUUAUGGUCUGCCGCAAGGGUUUAUACUCGAGAGACUCCCAGCACCGCUGCCUCUCGCUGCACGGGUUCCUCACAGUGCUGAAGCACAUGAAGCUGUCGCUGGCUAAGAGUUUCAGUGAGAGCGGGUGCGGCUCGCAGUACAGCGCGCACUCCUACCUCACGCAGGUCGCCGUGGACCUGCACGCCACGCAGCAGGGCGCUAGGGUAACGUCACGAGUGCGCAACGAAGCCAUAUGUUUGGAAGUGAUCUCAAUUUUACGAAGAUGCCUCGUACAAGACGCCCUCGUGAAGCAGUUAUUAUACUCCCAAAUAUACGAAUGUGCGAAAGAAAAGCAGGCGUUACACGAAUCAAUUCUAGAGCUACUCUAUGAACAUGUCAGCAAGUUCCUAGCUGAUGAUGGAGAGACCACGCCUCUGAUGUGGGAUAAGUGUUUGCAAGUUACACCUAUUACUGCUUUAUUGACUGAACCAAUAGGAAGCCUCCUGUACGUGAUAGCACAAUUCGUGCAGCCAAUAGAAGAGGAGUCAGAUGAUAUUCUGUCCAGUCAGAGCGAUAGCAAUAGUGCUCACUUGAGAAAUAAACUAAUGGCCGUUUUGGACAGGCUUUCUGAUUGUGAGAACUUGCUGCAGAUUGAUAUGCAAGAUCUAGGAAUAUCUGACCUCACUCCCGAGUCGAAAGCUAAAAAGCUAAAAGUACAACAAACACUACAGUGCUAUGAAACUCUCAUGGCGCACAAAAUAAUGCAGUGGACUCCGCAUACGUCACACGCAGCUUCAGUUUAUAACUUGUAUAAAACUUACAGUCAGUUGUUGGAUAAUACUAAGGCGACACCAAAAGGCGGUAAAAAGGGUAAAUUGAACGAUACUCGUGAUACGAUAAAGUCACAGAAGAGUCAGAAAUCUCAGAAAGAGAAAGGCAAAACUAAGUUUUCUAAUAUGGUGAAGGACAGGGCUGGACCCUUUAAACCUUUGCCUUGUGUAUGGGACUUGGGACUUUGUUAUCGCAUGUUGGAACUACUUUACAGCGAGGAAGUAACCUGGUCAUCGCUAGAGCAACGCAACCAAAUCCGCGGCAAGCGUGACUUCCAUCAGUUUGUACUACGGAGCGUUAUAACUGCUUUACAAGAAACUAAAGACAAGCAUAGUAUUGGUUCGCACGGUUUGAAGAUAGCUGCUUUGUUAUAUGAGCGGGCUGUAUGUAGAUUUCAAGACAUAUGUGAUUUUGAUGACGCCACUGCGCUCGGUUGUCUCGAAGUUUUCAAAACGUGUCUCAACUUGCUUUUGACGUCACAUUACUCAUUCAAAGUGGAGAGUGUUUUAUCUGGAAUAACGGGCGAAACCGAAGCGACACCAUCAGCGAACAUGUCCAAGAUAUUAGGGCACGUACACACCGCGCUGUCCGAACUCGACGCGGACGGCGCGGUGGAGAGAGACCUUAUGUUGAAGAAACACACGGCGCUGUUGGUGCAAAUUGCGAGUGUGUUACUAGAGACGCAUGUCAGUGCGUGCGCGGGAUUGAAUACUGUAACGUCAAAAUUAGAGGACUAUGUUCGCACCAGCAAGCAAGAAUGUCUUCCACUAAUAGGGCCACUUCUAAGUGCAUGUUACCGCGAGCAAAGGGAAGCUGUGUUGUUGGAUCAGCUCUUUGACAAGUUAUCUAUAGUACUUGGCAAGAUUGAUGAAGAAGAAUCGUCAGCACCAACGCAAGAAACCGAAGAUUUUCCGUCAAUAGAUUCCCGCUCCGGCCACACGGUGCUCACAACCAUUUGUGUACAUUUGAACAAUCGGUAUAAAUGUAUAGAGCACUUACUGAAUAGGAGUAAAGAUCUCUCCAAUGCACUGAAUAAUGCUACACAUUCAAAUCAGCAAAGGAUUGAGAAAGAGGUGUGCGGGGUGUGGCGCUGGGUGUGCGUGCAGCUGUGCCAGGCGAGCGGGUGGGUGGCGCGGCUGUGCGCGCUGCGCUGCUGCGUGGGCGGCGCCAGCGAGCGCGUGCUGGCCGCCGCCGCGCGCCUCUACGCGCUGCUGGCCGCGCUCUGCCGCCAACUGCCCGCGCAUGCGCCGCUCGUGCCCCAGCUCAGAUUAGAUCGACUCUUCAAACUAAGCGGUAAAAAGCUAUCAGCGGUAACGGACAACCUUAUCACGUACCUCGAAGCAUCACAAGAACACCAGAAGGCUAGCAAAGUGCUGCGAGACACUAAGCUCAUACCGCGGCUCGUGCUGGAAGCGGAACAGUUUAGCAAACACGCUAUAUUAUUGGGGGAAAAGGCUAAGCUGAAUUUCCAACAAUACCUCUCUUUGGGCACGGCUCGCGACUUCCGUAUCAAGGCGCCGGUCCUCAUGGAAGUUCUCAACGCGGACCAAGACAGGCCUGAUGGUCAAGAUAUAAACGAUGCGGCAACAGAAAUAUUGUCAGCGAGCGAAAAUGAACAAGAAAGUGAUGAAAAUGAAGAUAAUACUAGAAAUAAGCGAAGAAGAGUCUCAUGAUUAUAUAAUAUUGUUAAUAAAUAUUUUUUAUUAAA